AUGGAAGAAGCCAUAGAUGAACAGCAAAUUCAACUUGGUCGUGCAUCUAGGGAAUUAGUUUCGGCCGAUGUCGUGGAACUCAUUCUCACGCGACUCCCCGUCAAAUCUCUCUUCAGAUUUAAGUCCGUCUCCAAAUCAUGGAACCAAACGAUCUCCAACCGCGGCUUCGCCCUCGCGCAUCUAUAUCAAUCCAGGAACAAUCCAUCGUUGCCGUCAUAUCGAAACAUAUUUCUUGUCUGGUCCUUGCAUAAGGAAGCGUACAGUCUCUCCAAAUUAACGGAAAACGAUGAAUUGAAGCCAUUGCUGGACCUCAAGUCGGGAUUUUCCUUCGAAAAAGAGCAAUGUUGUUGCGAUGGCCUAAUGCUCGUAUAUUCGACGGUUUGUACUAAAAGUGGAAUCACCGUCUGGAAUCCAUCUGCCAGAACGUAUACAGAUUUGGGGUUCCCUUUUCCGGAUCGCAAUCCUGUCACAUGCGGCAUCGGAUUCGAUCCAUUAUCGAAGGAUUAUAAAAUAGUCGCCCUUGAAUGGUUUAACGAGCGAUACGCCGUAUUUAACAAUAGUACCCGGGGUUGGAGCGAGUUGAAAAGUCCGGAGAUAACAUUUGAAGAUGACAUCAAAAACUUCCCUUUCGACGGCGAUAUGGUCUAUUUGCACAGUUGGAUUGAUCAACAAGGAGAAUCCGAAACCGCGAGUUACAAUAUUGAAAUGCACUUCUACAACCUAAGGGACGACAAGUUCUAUAAAUUUUUUUACAAUACAGGGCGAGGAUCGAGAACCAGAACUUCAUAUUGUCUUGUCGAUUGUUCGUCCACUCAAUUUUGCGUGCUCCUCGGCGACGUUCACCUCGACAAGUGUCGUAUUGUGUGGAAGAAAAAAGGCGGCGAAUGGGUGGAAGUUGAUGACUUGCCGAUUCCGUGGACGGAGUUAUGGAUGGGUAAUGACUACAUGUGGUAUCGGAGGAUGGCUUCUUGGCGUCAACGCUUUUCUAAAAUGUACGUGAUCGACUACAAUGAUAGAGAGCUUAUGUUCACUAUUCAGCGCCCCGAUAACACAUGUUUCAUAAUCUAUAAUUUGAUCGAAAAAAAGUUUAGAGUGGUUUUAAAGUCUGAUGAUGUGGUUUACGAACGUCCUUUGAUAGGAUACUCGGAUAAUCUCUUUUUUAGUACUUAG